GAUGAACUGUUGCCCGCUUCCUGUGGAGUGGUUUGGUAUGGGAGGAUAUACGGCUUCUUUUGGGUUUUGAAUCACUGUUCUAGAAAUCCUCGAAAUUCGUCAAGAGGUACAAUGAAGAUCCUACUCCCCACGCUCCUGGCAGCGUUCAGUAUGAUUGUUGCCGCACAAUCAACAUGCACGAGUUCCGACGCGUAUCCCAUUGACGCAGACGUCGCCUUCCUCACUUUCUGGACGGUUCUCGCUGUCGAUUGGCUCGCUAUUGUGGCGGUUUUUGGAAAGCGGUCUUUGGGGUUAACGGCGCUUGGGAAGAGAGAUCUGGAGUGUUCGGCGACGGAAGAGUGUUUGUCGUUUAGGACUGUGCCGUUUUGUUAUGAUAAGACUGCGUAUACUUUCCAUGCGGCGGAUGGGACGACGGGUAACCUUAAGACGGGGGCGUAUACUUUGCCAGAUGGCAGACAAGGGAAUAUGUUCACAGGUCCAUACCCAACCCUCACAAAAGGUGAAGUCACGGCAACAGAGACUUCAACGACACCUGCCAGCAGCGGGGCAACAAUGAUAGCCAGUACUCCGGUUUCUGUGACAGCUACACCGGCUUCUACUGUAGCGUCUCAGUCAGAGGCGAAGACUGGAAGUAGAGGAGCAACAAGCACAGGUCCUGUUGUUGUAGCGACUCAGGGCUCAGAGACUGUGCUUAAGAGCGAUGCUUUGUCUGAACAGAGGAGUGGUUCAGCAUGGAGGGUUGCUGUGCUGGGGUUUGGAAUGAUGAUGGUGGAGUUAUGGUUCUAGAAUCUUGCAAUGAUGGCCCGUGUAUACUUGAAAGAGCAUUGCCUCCUUUAGGGGCUUCAGUGCUGCCUAGAUCUCAUGCUUGGGACAACGUUCAAAUCGUUUCAUAUGCGGUAUGCACGUCAAUUGGCUGUUAACCGCGAGUGUCAGCUCGGCCUCUCCUCUCUAACGAUAUCGACUUCGAUAUAUGAAUUAGAGCUGCG